AUAUAUAUAUAAAGUUUUACAGUAUAAUAUUGUGUGACCGUAACUGGGUUUAUGUCUGUAGAGGAUGCAUAGAAAUACAUUAAAAUAGAAAAAAAGAUAAAUAUACGAAAGUGUUUGAAAUAUUUUCUUUAUUAAAUAUGCAAAUCAAUGCAACUAACGUUACGUAGACGACUGCAUUUUGCCCUUUAGUAAAGUUUGUAUCUUUGGUCAGUUUACUCCUUUAUAACUCAGUAGUGUCAUCAUCUUACCAAAGUCCACAUUGACGCAAAUGCGGAAGUCCAUAGGUUAAUUUAUUUUGAUAACGUAAAUGAUUUAAAAUUAAAGCUGACUUUAAAGCAAUUCUGUUGCGCUGCGUUGCACGCAUUUUUAUAUUUUAAUUUUGUUGUAAGAAGUCUCUGCAACGUGUUGGUGUAUGAAGGUCUGUCUCUCAGGAACGCGCAGCUAGAAUGACCCCAUGGCUAAGAAGGUCAUGAUAACAUAUGCCUUAUGGGCCAUGGGUGGCCCACUUGGCCUUCAUCAUAUAUAUUUGGGAAGAGACAGCCAUGCCCUCUUGUGGAUUCUCACCUUGGGUGGUUUCGGCUUUGGCUGGCUGAGGGAGUUCUUUCGUAUCCCAUCUUAUGUGAGCGAGGCCAAUCAGAAGGCAGAUGGAGGUCGCGUUAGACGUCCACCCGCAGCUCCAACGUCAGUAGGCCUGAUUCGGUUUACCGGUCAGGUUUGUGUUGGCAUUUACUUUGGCUGGGUUGCUUUAAUAAGCCUUAGUUCUCUUAGUUUUUUCUACUUCCUUGUGUUGCCCCUGAGCAUAUGUGCAGGUGUGCACCUAGUGUCCUCUGUCGGCCAACAGACUUCUGACCUCCAGAAGACACUUGUUACAUGUAUCAUCACAUCCUCCAUCUUCUACGGGAGCACUCUCUCUCCACUGCCCAUCAGCCUAGCUGCCAGUGUCACUGCUGCACAACACAGCACGUUUAAACCAUUGCAGCCUGCAGGAUAUCCUCCAGAGCCGCUGGGGCCUCGUCUGUACCGUCUUAGUUUAGGCAUACUUGCUUUCUCUGCUCCGCUCGGAUACUGCGUCUUCCACAACACCACAGCCACGCUGUACUACAUAUCAGACUGCAUAGCAGCCCUGCUGGAUUUCUUCUGGUUCUUUCCCUGGCUUAAAGGAGUCCUGGAGUUUUUUCUGUUGCUGCCAUAUCGUCUCCUGUGUACACUGACUGGAGGAGGUUUCUAUGAGGACAGCUGGAAAAAAAUGUUAGAAAUACUUCUUAAUGAAUACGGUAAAAAAGAAAAAGAGGCGCUAAAGAUACUAUCAUUACCUGAAGAGUCUUCUCUGGAGGAGAUCACUCGCAGUUAUAGGGAAUUGGCUAAAGUGUGGCAUCCAGACCACAACCCCAAGAGACAAGAAGAGGCACAACAGAUGUUCAUUCAGAUCCAGGAGGCAUAUGAGUUACUUCUUCACAGAAAUAGGCCACAACGAAGAAAAUGAUUAUCUGAUGAAGAGGACACAUACCUUUUCAUGGGCCCAGAUUUACUUUUUACACCAAAUAUGUAGUGAUUGUUUUUGCAGGUCUACCUGGAGUAAUGAAAUAAACGAUAUCUUUUCCCACUGUUGUUCAAGUUACUUGCUCACAGGUUUCAGUUUCACAGUAUUUGCUGCCCUCUUGUGGCUUUAAUAAGUAUUAGAAAAAGAGUUUUUUAAUGACUAACAAAAAUAUUUAUGAC